AUGGGCGAGCAAUGGCAGCGCGUUAUGGCGCUGUUCAGCGCGGUGCGGGAGGCGACGUUGGAGCCCGACAUGCUAGUCAGCCAUAGCGCUGGCAUCAGCGCGUGUGAGAUGGGCGAGCAGUGGCAGCAGAUGUUGACGCUGGUCCGCGAAAUGCGUGAGGCGAAGCUGGAGCCCGACCCACAGAUAAUUCAAUUGACGCUACAUCGCCAUGACCAACGCGUGCGAGACAGUCGAUUGUUGCCGGCGCUGGCGGGCUGCGUGUCUGCAUCGUCCAUGGCGGCGAGCAGGGCGUGGCUGGAGCCUGGGCCUGGGCUGCAAAAGCAGGACCGCUGA